AUGGACUUUAAACCCCAAGACUUCGUUCACUAUCUCCUUGCCGCCGCUGGGGCAUUCCCACAUGAUCAACCUGGGAUUUCCUUGAUAUCGGAGGAAGACGGCGAUUUGAUCGAAAAGCUCUGGACGGGAACCGAAAUCGCAAAUCAAGUGUUUGUUGCGAGUGAUGUGCGGAAAAAUACGCCAGGUCUAUAUCUUUUGGGUGAAGAAGAGCGAAGCAUUUUAUUCGUCGACAAGUCAGACAUUCUUCAGUGGUAUCGAUACGACCCAGACGAAGAGGAAUGGAGUGAAGUUGAGUAUGAUAAUAAAGGAAAGUUGACCGUUCACCAAUCGAGCCGAUUAAGUGGUUGCCUCAGCCCGGGGGGUGAAAUCGUGAUAUUCGAAGGUCCAGAAAAUGGACUUCAAGCGUACAGAGUCACGGACGGAGAGAAGUUUGAAACCCUACCGCCAUUGCCCACGGAUUUGGAGCCGGGGACGCCACAUCAGGCCGUCCUGCUAGGAGAUGACACCCUGCACCUGCUCUUCCCUUACCCAAGCUCCAAUCAUGAUGAAAAGAUUGUCAGCUUCAUCGUUAUCCCACAAGGGGAUGGAUCUCUGGAACUAUGUGCUCUGAUGUCGGGAGGCGCGCUGGUGCAAGUGAAGGCCAACGGGCAGAUUACCGAACUGGGAACUGUCAAGCAGGGCCGGUUCACGGCUCACACGAGCGAAGAGUGCGGUAUUGAGCUUAUGCUAGGCAUCAAGAAGGGUAUUAAAGCAGUUGCGCAUAAGAUGAAAAAAUAG